AUGUUUGCUACAAAAAGAGGGUUUCACACUUCUUGUAUUAAUACUGCGAGAACCCAUUUCACUAAACCUAAACCCAAGCCGGCACCAAGAGCCAAUGUGAGAGCCCCAACUAUUACAACGCAUCAUUCCAAUGAUUUAAAAAUUACAGCACCAAUCCCACCCAGCGUAUCUAAUUUGAGUUGUUCGGAUGAUCAUCCAUUGUGGCAAUUUUUUUCUGAUAAAAAAUUUAUAAGAAACAUGGAUGAUUUGGAUAACACUUCCCGUCCAUGGACCAUAGCAGAAUUAAGAAGAAAAAGCUUCAAUGACUUACAUUCAUUGUGGUACACUUGUUUGAAGGAAAGAAACAUUUUGGCCCGUGAAAAUCAUCUAAUGAAGAAUUACUUUGAAAAUGAUCGUGAUACAUAUUCUGAUGCAAGCGAAAACGUUCGUACCACCAUGUGGAGAAUUAGACAUGUCUUGAGUGAACGUCAAUGGUCUUUCGAUAUAGCCUCGGCUGAAUUUUUCAAAGAUAACAAUGCUAAAGCAGCAUUUAUUAAGGAUUUCGAGACUGAAUUUUUAUCCAAUGAGGAUAUAGAUGGAAGUUUUGAAAUGUUAAAAAGAUUUCAAUAUGCUGUUUUUGGAAUUAGUGAAUAUAUUGACGAAAACAAAGUUGAUAGGUUAUUUGUUGAUGGCUUGAAAUAUAUUGCCAAUUUAAAACUAAAGAAGUUCAAUGCUGGUCAAGAGUUAGAGGGGGGUGAAAUUACAGAUGCGGGUGAAGCUUUUGCUAUUUUUGCCGCUGAAAAUAACGAGCAGGCUGUAAAGGAAGUUGUUGAGGUUGUUAAAAAUCUAAGGAGUGAAAAUAAGUCUGUUUCUAGAUACGAUGAAUUGGAAACAGUGCAAGCUUAUAUAGACCAACUAUAUGGAACUCCAGCUGAAACCGAACCAAAAAAACAAUAA